UGACAUCAACCGAACCGGUAUGACGGGUCUUGAUACCUGGACGCGCGCGUGCGGAUCCUCAUGUUAAUCUGUUUGCUCACUUGAAGUUGAACUUGCAGUGGUUGUUGUGCUCAUCUCACUCUUGAAACUGUUUCUAGCUGAGCAGACAGAAAUCAUCUUCCUUAAGUCCCACACUGCACUGAUGUCAUUAAUGUCAGUGACAGGGAUCCUAAACUUGAAAUGUUCUGAGCGACACCGCCAGCUUUGCCACUGAACACAGUAAGCCGGUGAUACUGUGGGCGACUGCAGUCUGCAAUGCACCACCAGAUCGAGAGAUUUGUUUGGACACUUGUGACUUGCGGUGGAUAUCUCCUGGCCAACCAACAGGUGGCCGAGCUGGAGCUGUUCUUGUCUGAUUAAAGAGCAAUGAUUGUUUUUGGGAGCUCGUUCUCCCAGUUUAAAACCCAACCUAGUAUCCUGCUCAGGCUUCGCGUCUUCGCCGGUGCUUAGUGGCCAGCUCGACCUGUUCCUAGCCCGCUUCAGCUCCCGUCUUUGGAGUGUCUGGAAUAUUAGAAAGAUAAAGGACGUCAUGUUUCAACGGCGCUAGAACGGCGAGCUUGGAUCAGCACAGCUUUCAUCAUGGAAAACUUCUACUACAUUGUGUUUGGGGCUCUGGCGGCAAUCUGCGGUGUCUCAGAGUUGUCAAAAGGGCAGAAGGACACGUUUGUCACGAUCCCCAGCUUUGAAGCUUUCAAGAACAACUACCUUCUUGUAUACAGCCUGAUGAUGGCUGGCGACUGGCUACAGGGCCCUUACGUCUAUGCAUUAUAUCAGCACUAUGGAUACGACCAGGGGGAUAUUGGACGGCUCUUCAUUGCAGGGUUUGGAUCGUCGAUGGUAUUCGGAACAAUUGUGGGGUCCUUGGCAGACAAGCACGGUCGGAGGCUCGCAAGCGUCCUCUACUGUGUCUCCUACAUACUCAGCUGCUGGACGAAGCACUCCCCAAGGUUCGCAUUCCUAUUGGUCGGUCGCAUCCUGGGGGGAAUCGCAACGAGCCUGCUCUUCUCGGCUUUCGAAUCAUGGUUGGUCGCGGAGCACUUCAAGCACAAUUUUGAGCCCCAGUGGCUGUCCCUCACGUUCUCCAAAGCUAUCUUCCUGGGCAAUGGACUGGUCGCAAUUCUUGCGGGGCUCCUCGCCAACUUCCUAGUUGUGGAUCUUAACCUCGGGCCUGUGGCGCCGUUUGACACCGCCGCGUGUUUCCUGGCGAUCGGGUGCGGCGUCAUUCUGAAGACGUGGCCCGAGAACUACGGGGAGACGGACGAGAAGAAGACGUUGCAGCAGCAGUUCCAGCAGGCGUGGAACUCGAUCGUGGCUGAUGAGAAGAUUGCCCUUCUCGGCGCGAUCCAGGCUCUCUUCGAAGGGUCUAUGUACACGUUCGUGUUCCUGUGGACGCCCGCUCUCAGCCCAAAUGGACAGAACAUUCCCCACGGGUUCAUCUUCGCCACCUUUAUGCUCGCGUCUAUGAUCGGGAGCAGCAUCGCCUCCCGUCUGAUGGCCCGGUCGACGCGCGUGGAGUACUACAUGCAAUACGUCUUUAUGGUGUCAAGCGCCGCGCUUCUGGUCCCGGUCUUCAACCAGCUUAUAUACGAGCCCACGGUUACUUCUGGCGGGGGAUUGACACCAGGGGGCCGUUUGCAACUGCUGGGCUUCCUGAUCUUUGAAGUGUGUGUCGGAAUCUUCUGGCCCAGCAUCAUGAAGUUGCGUUCCCAGUACAUUCCCGAGGAGAGCCGGUCGACCAUUAUGAACAUGUUCCGGAUUCCGCUCAACGUUUUUGUCUGCCUCGUCCUGUACAACGUGAGCUCCUUCUCGCUGACGGCCAUGUUCGCCAUGUGUUCCGGGUUUCUCGUCAUCUGUGCGCUCCUUCAAAAGCGGCUCUCGCAUCUAUCGGAGCAGCAUGAAUGUACGGCGCUCAAGACUGCUGAAAGCGACUUUCUACUGGCGAAGACGUCAGCAUGACCAAGGCCAGCCGUCGAGUUAGUAAGCGGGCUACAAUCAGAGGCGCGCGCGGGAGCUACUACUGCUUUGUGGUUUGUUGUGAGGGGUUACUUCGAUCUCUGAUACUUUUAGUAACGGAGUUGGUCUACCGGUGAAGCUCGCGGGGCUUGAGAACGGCUUAUGUAGUCAUCGAUUGGUGUUAAAGGAUAGAGUCGGACAGCCUUUGACGUGCAUGUUCAAUCUACGACGGAUGAUUACUGUGAGGGUGACGCUACAAUUUACAAUGUUAGCCCUAAGCUGCUGUUAGUUAAUGUGGAUGCGAAGCAGCGACACAGACCCACUUUUUUUUAACGGUAAAACGGUCGGAUCGUGUCAUAAUAC